GGCGCGACCGCCGCACAUGCAUCCGUCCCGUUCGCACGCGCCGCCUCAACGGCGCGCGGCAGCGGCAACGCUCGCCACGACGCGACGGGGAAUUCGGAGUCGUAGAGCCUCAUACGCGGGUCAUAAACGAUUCGCGGCCAUAGUAGUGCACGCGCGAGAAUCGAUCCGAAUCGCCCGGCGAUAAACGCAUCUCCCGCGAGGCGAUCGUCGCGCGCCGCGUCGCCGAGCGAUGAGUUCCAAGUUCAUCAUCGAUAGCAUGCUCCCUAAGUACCACCAGCAGUUUCACCACCAGAAUUUAUUCGCGGGCGCCGGGGCCUCGCCGAUCGAGGCGUCGCUAUCGUCGUCGCUGUCGUCGUCGUUGUCGACGUCGCUGAGCUCGUCGCUAUCGGGAGGGCUGGGGGCGGCGGCGCUGGGGGCCGGCUCGCCGGGCAACGGGAGUCCGCAGCGCUCGUCCAGCUCGUCCUCGGCCUCGCCAGGGGCGCCGGCGAGGAUGUACCCAUACGUGUCACACCACCAACAGUUCGGGGGCUCGGUGCCGUUCUCGGCCGGAGGAGGAUUGUCCGCGGCGGACGACAAGAGCUGCCGGUACCCGACGGCGGUGGGCGCGGACCCGAUGUACGCGCUGGGCCAGCACAACGGCGGCGCGGCGGUGUCGGCGGCGUCGGCGAGCAUGGCGGCGGCGGCGCAGUUCUACCACCAGGCGGCGGCGUCAGCGGCGUCGGCUGCGUCGGCGGCGUCCGUGGACGCCAUGGGCGCCGCCUGCUCGCAGCCCUCGGCGCAGCCGCUGCCCGACAUCCCGCGGUACCCUUGGAUGUCCAUCACCGAUUUUCCAUUUCCAGAUUGGAUGAGCCCCUUCGACCGCGUGGUCUGCGGUGAGUUCAAUGGGCCAAACGGGUGUCCACGACGGCGGGGCCGACAAACCUACACAAGGUUCCAAACAUUAGAGCUAGAAAAGGAAUUCCACUUCAACCACUACCUGACGCGCCGGCGCAGGAUAGAGAUCGCGCACGCGCUAUGCCUGACGGAGCGGCAGAUCAAGAUCUGGUUCCAGAACAGGCGCAUGAAGCUAAAGAAGGAGCUGCGCGCCGUGAAGGAGAUCAACGAGCAGGCGCGCCGCGAGCGCGAGGAGCAGGACCGCAUGAAGCAGCAGCAGCAGGAGAAGCAGGCCAAGCUCGAGGGCCACCACGGCCACCACGUCACGCACCACCACGACCCCAUGAAGAUGCCCCUAGACAAGGGCUCUGGCGACCUCCUCAAAGUGAACAAGGUCCCCACGUAAGGCGUCCCUUGCUAGCUAAUCCUGACUGAUUCUGUAUCAUAUAGUGUGAAUACAUGAAUGCGAGUGCGUCCAAGGACGGCGGACUACGUUAGUCGUUUCGUAUCCACUAGUUUUAUGUUUUGCGGCUGAUUCGGUCGCCUCGUUGUGGAGGCGCGUGACUCUGUAUAUGUUCCUUUAGUGCGGGGGCGGCGGGCCAACGGGCGCGGCCGCCGCGGACAGGCUGGUGAUGUGCUUUAAGCAUUUAUUUUGUUGCCAUAAACCACACAUUGUAUUGCAAUAAUAUUUUACUAAAUUAACAAAAUCGCUCUAGGGUUUACACGGAGCCAGAGUGAUGAUCGGUAUUGUUAGUUAAGAUUUUAAAUCUGUGAAUCUCAUAGUAUUUAUUGCUACCACUUACUAUAAUCCAUUAUGUUAUAUUUUUUUAUUGAUAGAUAUAUUCUGUACAUUUUGAUGUAUAUUUUAUUAUUUGUCCGCUCUCAGUGGACUGUUAUGUUUUGUCGUCACAUUUUUUUUAUAAUUGUAAAAUUUGUUAUAUUUAUCAAUUUGAUUUCAAAAGGGUUGUCUCCUUUCAGUUUUUGACCAGUUGUGAUUCACGUCAGUAGUUAGGAUCAUAAAUUGUUGUUUAUUUAACUUUAUGUUUAUAGGUACAUAGUGCUAGAUCCGCUGCUUGGUCAUACCUAUUGCCUGUAUUGUUUACAAUAGUACAUAUAUCUUCAUUCUUUAUUGUAUAUAAGUACCUUCAUAAUUAAUUCCAUGAGAAGGUACAAUAAAUAUUUAGUAACAAAAUACGUAUCGAAGUACAAUUGCAAAUAGGUCUUCGUCAUUAGUUGAUACUAACGUUAUGUGUUUGUGUUUGGUCUUCGGACCUGAUAUUGAUUCGAAUUAGGCUGUAUUUUUUGAUAAAUAUAGUCAAAACUUCCUUGUCCAUAUAUACUCAACAUAAAGGUAAACCAAAUUAACUAACAAAAGAAAAUUGUUUAAGUGUUGUCCACAAUCAGGAAUCAUCUGAUGUUCAAAAUUAUAUACGUAACGAUGAAACAUAUAAUAAAUAGGUAACAAUAAUGUGACUAAAUAUAAAAUUUUACACGUAAUUUUAAAAGUGGAGUAGAAUAAGUGUAUAAUACAUAGAUAUUAAUAGGUCCGACUUUGUAUGAAUUAUUGAUAAACCUGUAUUUAGAGUAAUAUCUACACGCGCUAUUUAACAUUAUCCGAGUUCAGUAUUUCGUUGUUUUAAUUUUUUUUUAACUAGCAAAAAUAAAAAGCUCAACAUUCAAUAAUUUAAACCGUCUUCAAACCGCUUAUAUUUCACUCUUAAUUUACGAUUUCGUAUUGUGCCAAAAUACAUUAAAAAUAAUUUAUAGCAUUUCUCAUCGCUCCCUUCUCACUUGCUUUUAUUUUUGCAAAACCUUGUAUCAAAAUAACUGUAAACUUCAAUACGUAAUCCGAACAAAAUUAGAUUAAAAAUUUAGUGUUGAUAGUCACCAUAUACGUAAAUUAAAUGUCAGGGUAGAAUAAAAUGAAAAAUAGUGAAUAAAUUACUGUAUGAAUUCGAAUUCUUCGCUUAUCAAGAUUUCUGAUAGAUCAUCUCGCAAUAUCUGUCCACUUGUAUUAUUCGGGAAUGUAUAUCUGUAGCGUUACAGAUACGAGUAUAUGUCGUGAUAUCAUUAGGGCAAGAUAAGUCGUCGGUAAGUAGGUGUAAGUUCUGUGACACGGGAGACCAUAUUUAGGGUAUCAUAUCUCAACUUCGAAAUUUCUUUGCACGAUGUUUCAUUAGGUCGAAAUCAAACAUCUUGUAAUAACCAUUGUGUUAAGUUCUGUUAAAACCGCCUUCGGUUAAAUGAAAAUUUUGCAGUCGAGACUACGAGCAAAAAUAUUUUGAUGUUGAGAUGUGCCCUUUUUAGUUAUUUGUUAAGUUAUUGGGCAAAUUAGAACGUCUACUCAACCUACCUGAAGAAAUUCUCAAAAUUAUUAUUUUUCUAACAUAAUUCUUUAAAAGUGGACUUUAAGCAGCUCGAUGGAAGUUGCACGGAGUCCGUUUUAGCGUUUAUUCCCUACAAAGUAUUAACUAAAAUAUUAAUUACGACAUCUUAAAUUGUAAAAUUUAUUAUUUUAAGCCAACAAAGAUCAAAGUUUUUCGUUAUUUAUUUUGUCGACAAAGUACUAUAAGUUGGACACCAUCCUUAAUAUAAGUACAUUUCAAAUGUUAUAACAUUUAAUUCUCUGUAGACUGGCAGAAUGUAACCAUGCGGAGGCCAGUUAUUAACAUAUAUAUUAUAUACCUAUUUGGUUUUACUUAUAAAUUGCAUUAAAUGCGUUGAUGUCUUCAGGCUGAUAAAGUGAAUUUUGGCGAAACGCCAUAUGCAUUGACAUUUUACAAGGAUGUUUGUCUUUUCGUCAAAAACUUCAACAUUAGUCUGUUGGCCUUCGUGCAAUAAUUACAAAUACCCUUUAAACCCUAAAUAACCCAUAGUCUUCGUAUAAACAUAAGGUUGUCGUUAGUAAUAGAAUUUUAUCUCAUUCUAAACUAAAAAUCGAGAAUGAAAAUCGAACAAAAUGUACUUAAGUAACUUCGGUAUAAGUAGGCUUUAUAAAUUAUAAUGCAUAGGUAAUAAAUAUCUUAGAUAUCUGAUGGUUAGUAACGAUUAAAAGCGCUUGAAAUUAUUUGGUAUUGUUCGCAUAGUGCAAGGGCAGUCAUCAAUCUAGUACAAAGACAGAUACGCAAUUGGUUAAUCUAUGUUAUGUGGUGCUACCGGCCUCCGAGGGAACUUAGAUUUCAAAGCAGUCCAUGACUGAAUGAAUCCAUUGCUUGUCUGUUGAAAAUAUUGGUCUAGUAAUCGGAAUGCACGCAGAUUUCAGACCGGACGUACACACUGCAGGUCUAUUAUGGUCGCGGUUUUAUGGUUUGAAGCUGCGGAUAACACACUCCACUUACGUACCUUCUUGUCAGAAGAAGAUUGAAGUUUCACGGUAAAAGUGCGACCAUAAAGCCCCACUGAAAAGUUAUUGAACUAAACACGACGUGUGUAUACGAAUUAAAUUGUUGCAUUUUGUAAGCCGUUAAGAUUUGCGUUUAUUCCGUUUGUAAUUGUUUUAUUGAUAUAUGGGAAUGUGCAAAUUGGGAGCCGUUCACGAAGUUAUAAGGAGUACAGCUUUGUAAUGGUACGUUUAGUUCCGUACAACAAUAGGUAGACUUGUAACAUAGUAACGAUAUUAACGUGUAUGUAUGUACGUCCAUUGAUUUACGUCGGGUUCACUUUAUUGUUUCUGCCUCGUAAAGAUGUGUAAUUCAUGUGAAACAAUGAGCAAUUUACUAAAUAGAUUACAUACAUUCGUCCUCCAUCGGUAAUGCUGUCUUGCCAUUACUAGUAUUCGUUAGUACGUAGGUAGGUUGUACCUGCCGGUAGGUUUCUGUUCGUUUCCUGACAAGUACCUUAAAUAAGAUUCAGUUCCAUGUUUUGUUACUUUUAAAUAUCGUUUGGAAAAUGUCGUUGAAGAUAUUUUAUAGCUUACGUUUUUAUUUUUUAUACGCAGAACGAUUACUUUAAAUUCAUUGUAUGAUUUUUUUGUUAUUUUGGAUAGUCACAAAAUUCUAUUCCUAUUAAGUUUUCUGAUUGUUAUUCAACGUUUCGUACCUAUCUGUGUAUAAAUCUUCCGUUAUGUUUUAACUCUAAAAUAACGACAUCCCUUUUUAGUUUUACAUAAUUACUUCAAUAAAGUUUUAUCUUAAUAUAACUGUAGCUAUGUAGUGAGUAUGUAUCUAUAUCUAUAUUUUUGAAAAUAGUAGAUAAUUAAAGCGUCUUAAAAUAACUGUAAAUAUUCGUGAAAGUUUUAUGUGGCGAAUUUUUUUCGUUUUAUACUUUUGUUUUAUGUUAUGUAAUGAAAAUGUGUCGUGCGGGAGCCAGCAUAACCAGACACCUGCGUCCCAAGUAAUUGUGAAGGAUCUGGUCUCUGGUUAUGGUGGAGGGUCCCAAGUACGUCGUGACUGUGUCGUGGUAAAUAAGCAAAUAGUUGGGUGAUUGUAUAUGAAACCCGCAUUCAAUAUUGUAAUAUUAAUUUCAGAAAUUCAAGAGAAUAAAGAGUUAAUUAAAACAUGGCUAUUUAAUUUGUA